CAGGAGCAACUGGUUCAUCUUUCUCAUCGCUUUACACACAAAGCUCAUCUUCGCCAGGUGUGGCUAAAUGACAUGACGCAGGUAGCCGAACGCAUUCUCAAGGCCUGGCGCACCACUACUACGAGUUCGUCGCCACAGUCACUAUCAAACGUAGGAACAGUAGUGCUCAACACUGCGUCGAUUCCCAACGCUACAGACCCUAAUGGGGCAGCUCAGCGUCACUACCUAUUGCUCUACAAGUAA